UGUGCACAACUACAUCUAGAUACUCUGUACUUAGAUAAGGCAUGUUAGUGUUUUAUGCUUGUGGCAAUGCAUCUGCCUAACAGUUACUAACUUUGCGUCGAGUUUGAAUCGAGUCAAAUUCACCAUAGCGACGCUCUUUCCUAAGCACCAUGCAAGUUUCCAAUACCCUUCCUUCUCCCUCUCGAGGGUUCCUUUCUAUUUUCCCUCUCUUCUCUCUUCUCUCUUUACAACAACCCUCCCAUCUUUCUUCCCAUCUCAAUCUUUUAUCUACCUAUGCUUUAUGCACACCUCUUAUGAGGCAACUAUCUCAACAACUUCUGCCUUACUUUUUGUUCAUUGCCGUGGUCAGCUAUCACUGGAUCUUCUAGCCUAUUCUCUCGCUGGGUUUUAACUCUCCUGGGGCUAGGUAACACUGGACCCUAUUCUAUUACCCAAGCCCAGCUGUUCUCAAUACCUAUUCCAUCUCGUCUCAUCUCAUCUUAUCAUCUUAAUCAUAUCCUUCAUCUGAGUUCUUCCAAUUUAUUUAUCAUUAUUGUAAAUCUCAGCAAGAAUUUCCCAACUGCCUAAAAUACCAUUCAAAAUGGUGCGAACCCGUGAGGGCGUUAAGCAUGAGCGUAAUGGCUCACCUCCGGCGAAUGUGAAGACGGACAUGGGACCACCAUCCACCCCAUCUCGGAGAGGGGGGGUCGCCCCGACUGAGUAUUCGGACAGCCAAUCUAUAGCCCACACCUUCAUUCGGUCUUAUGCUCCGAGCGCUGAAACCGGCCCACGCAAAGAUGAUGACACGGACCUCGUGUUUAUGGAAAUGAGACGCGGGCCUGAUAGCUUCGGGCCUGAUCGACAAAGCUCUCCCAUCUCUCAGAGUGCCGAACACAGUUUCAAUCAAAGAAAUUUCGGUCCGCCCCUAUUUGCCGAUAUAGGGCAGAAGCAGAAGGCUUACAAUGAUACCUUGGGAGACCUUCAAGCCCUAGGCGUAUCUCACGUCAUUGCAUUGCCUGAAUUGGUUCUUGUUGGUGACCAAUCGUCUGGCAAGUCGACCUUGAUGUCGAGCCUGGCCCGUGUCAACCUUCCAAGGAGUGCGGGCGUGUGCACACGCUGCCCGCUCCAUAUUCGCUUGAUCAGCAGUAGGACUGAUCGUUGGUCUUGCACUGUCUCUUUGCAACGUGACUAUGACUUUCAGCCACCCUUUAACCGGAAGCCUAGAACAUCGGAUGUUACCGCAGCAAAACCGUUUCCGCCUUGGGUCAAAUUAUCUCAUCGGGACAUCAAGACGUUCAAAACCAUCUAUGAGCCUUCUGAAAUAGAGGAAGUCCUUCGUUGGGCCCAAAUUGCUAUUUUGAAUCAUCACCGCAACUUCGACCUCUUCAUCCCUGGGGAAGGAGCCAUUGCUAAAAUGACAAGUAUUGAUGAGGCCGCUAGUCAGACAGAAGCCCAGUUCUCGCCGAACAUAGUCGCUUUAGAAAUAAAAGGACCUGGCCUUCCUGAUCUGAGCUUCUAUGAUCUUCCUGGCGUCUUUCAAUCACCAGAGAAAGAAGAAGAUGAAUACAUCGUGAAGGUUGUCAAGAACCUGACCCGCGAGUAUAUUAAGCGAGAGAAGGCAAUCAUCAUGUGGGCUCUCCCCAUGAAUGUUGACAUGGAGAAUUCUAUCUCUUUGCCUAUCAUACGCGAGGCAAAAGCCGCCAACCGGACUAUCGGUGUCAUGACCAAAGCAGACCAGCUCCCCCGUCAGAACGUCCCAAACUGGCUUGCUAAGUUCCAGGACCCCAAGAAAUUUGUUGGCCAUGGUUUCUUUGCCACUUCGCGACCCCCAGACCAAGCUCUCGAGGAUGCGACAAGAUAUGAAGCACUAUUCUUUGAUAGGAAGAGUGCUGGUUUCGAAACGUGGCCGGAAGAGUUCGCUCCAUUUGCAGAUCGUUGCGGAGUGGAAGUCCUACUCGAGUAUCUCUCCUGUAAGCUUGAAGAAGCCUUUACUGAUUGCCUGCCAUCAAUCAAGAAUAUGGUCCACAAGCACCUCACGGCGGUCGACAAGGAACUAAAGUCACUCCCAGAACUUCCUUCCAAUGUAGAGCACGAGGUCAAGAAGAGCCUAAUAAAAUUCCUGUCUCAAGUGAAGAUAGCCAUGGGAAACACAGCGUUUUCUUCCCAGUGGAAUACUUUGAACAGCCAGUUCCAAGAAUGCAUUUUCAAGGUGAAACCGACAUGCAAAGUCAAGGACUCGGAUCUUCAAACAAUCGACAUAUCCGGUGGUGACUCGGAAGCUACAAUAGGCUCACCCGCAAAAUCCCCCCAAAAGAGACCACGUCCAAGUGAUGCAACCGUCCGAAAUGCCUUCGCGCCUGCGAAACGGCCGCGACAAGAACUCCCCACCACGCCAGUAAAGCAUGAGGACGGCCAGACGAGCGAUAUGUCUCGCGCCUCGUCCGUAACUGCCGCUGUAGAACCCAACUUGCUGAAAUCCAAGCUACCGAACCCGUUCUCCCGAUUUUUCAAUCUUGGUCGGUGCGCUAUGGAUAUUCGGGACAUCCGUAAUAAGAUUCUGAGGAACAAGAAGCCAGGUAUGCCGCGAGACCUAGUCCCAAUCGAGGUCCGUGAGACUUUAUGCAUGAACGCGGUCAAGAAAUGGGAACCAAUAUUGGAGACUUACAUUUCCAAGACGUCGGAACUUCUGGUGGAGACUACCAAGGAUGCUCUCGAGGAGUCUCUUGGUCUAUUGCGGCGUCGUCUGAUCUUUAGGAGAUGCCAAAGCCAUUUGGAUCGAUUCAUCGCCAGAGAAGUAGCCGCACAGGAAGCCCAUCUCACAGAUAUGUUUAAUUCCGAGACGUAUCAACUCUAUAUGAUGAACGACGACGCAUUCCACCGCUACAAGGCGCAAGAAAUGGAACAGCUUAAACGUGUGCGAACGAUCAUUCGCCUAAAAGCCUCGACUUUCCUCGACUGGGAGUAUCCCGUUAAACGAUUGGAGGAAAUGCCUGAAGAGGAGAAGAUCAAGGAACGGAAGAUGCUUGAUACCCACUCGGUUAGACUACAGAAGGACCCUUAUGAUACCGAGAUAGAAGUUGCGGGAUUCGUCCGCGGCUACUAUAUGAUGGCCGCAGCGCGUUUUGUGGAGGGAGCGACAAUGAGUGUAAACUCAAACCUCUUACGAACACUAAGAGAGGACCAACUCGACAUGUCAAUUGAGGAGGAAUUCCACAUUUACGACAAUGGUGUUGAACCAGAAAUGUACACCGAGUUAAUGGAGGAAGAUAAACAAACUGCCACGCGAAGGGCUCAACUAAGGGAAGAGAAACUUAGGUUGAAGAAAGCGAUGUAUAGCAUCAACAGCCUUGAGGACGUAUCUCGUGCCGAGAAAAUUUCCAACGACGAAGACCCCGACCGUUCGCAAAAGACUAUCGAAAACACGGAGGACGAAGUGUGUGUGAUGGAUCUAGUGGAUGAGGACACGGCAUGAUAGCGUCACAUUGCUUACCUACUUAGGUACCUAUCUAACGUAGGUAUUUAUGCUUAACGCUGGCUGAGAUAGAGGGCAUCACUACGUUCUUUUUGUUAUAUCCCGUCGUUCAUUCACUCCCCUGGUAUGAUUACUGGCUUGGUUACUAGGGAUCAGGUGGUAGGGAAAAUUGGAACUAGGGUCGUCGGAAUGGGUUGGUUUACUAGUGUGUAGCAAUUUGCUAAGUCUCACCGUAAGACUAACAAAAGGAAUAUGAUGCCAGUAACAUAGACUUGGUGUUAAAGUGAUGAUGUGGAAUAGUGCCAUGAAGGUGAAGAAAUCUUACUUAGCUCCCUACCUAGGUAUCUAGGUACCCCACCAGCCUACCUUUGCAUCUAACAUAACAUGAAGUCUUACUUGCCUAGGUACAUUUGGUUUUGUCCAAGUAACUCCUGCUGUGCAACCCAACGGCCAAGGUUACUCUUUGCCUUCAUUAGAGAGCACAGAAGUCGCGCACAACCCCAAUUGCAUCCAAUUGCAUCCAUGAGAGCGGGCAUCGAGCUCCUCCCGAGUCAAUAAGUACCUACCUACUGGCGAGUAACGCUCAGAAAUUUAUACCGGAUGGUGAAGGAGGGGCUACAUUACCUACCUAGCUAUAUAACGUAUAGCCAUUAAUUACAAAAGAGUAAAAACAAAUGGUGGUG